AAUUUCAUUUAUUUUCAACCCUUAAGCAAAAUUUCCAACUUGAAAUCAAAAACUUGACAUUUGCAUAAAAACGUUUUUACCAUUCAUAAAACACAUUUUUUUUUUUGCCGGAGCUAUAUUUUUCUUAAGAUUUUCUCUCAUUUUCUCAUUAACUAAACACUUUCGCCGAAGGAUGUUGCUCAAUAAAGAAUACUGGAGGGAAGUGAUACAGGAAAUCGAGGAUGCAGCACAUAAGAAAACACUCAAGGACCUCAUCAAAGACUAUGAUUUGUCUGUCACCUUGCCAGAGGACCUCCAGCAGCGUGUUAAGAAGAUAAUGCCCUACGAAUUUGACGAAUACGAUCGUUUGGUGUAUAUUGCCGAAUCAGCGGUGGAAACGCCGAAAUCGUUUGACACCGAAGAGUCAACCGAGGAUGAAUUAAUGCACAGAAAAGCGAAAAAGAAGGCCGUUUUCAAUGAGAGCACCUGUUCGGAGAUCGAACGCAUGGAGAAUGAAUUUGUCAAAUUCGAAAUGAAGCUCGAUACUGGCGUUGAGCGUAAAGCGAAAGCCAAAAAGCCAAUCAACUGGACUUCAAGUUACAUCUGCAAGCCGCGACGUGAGCGUGUUAAGUGGGAUUCGAAGAUUUAUCAUCUCGAACGUAGUUUGGCAGAGAAAACGCUGGACGAGCAAGCCGAAUGUCUAAUGGAUGCGUCAGCGGAACGUUUCACCGAAUGGCUCAAUUCUGUCAGCAACAACCGCGAAACAGACAUAUCGAAAGCUCAAUUGAAAUCCUUAUUCUCAAUUGAGGGUGACCGUCGUCUUUUAGCUUCGAUACAAACCGAGCCGAAGGAGGUGAAGGCCAUUGCCAAAGCUGUGGCGGACAAAUGGAAUUUACCAGAGAUGGCCAUUGAGCUGAAGUAUGAAAAUUAUAUUAAGAGUUUGUUAAAGAAUGUACCAAAGAAAGUAAUAACUGUCGCUUUUGGACGCACGGUGCCGUAUGAGGAACGUCCUUGGGUGCCUAUGGAUCGUGAUCGCCUCAUAACAACUGUAUUUCCUGACGAGCUGCUCUCUGGUGCAAAGUUAUUCAAGGGCAUCGGUCAUUUGCGUUCGGUAAAGACGCUUAAAGACUUCUACCAGCAAAGACCACAUUUGAAGAGACCAAAAUAUUUGGAGAAAACUGGUUUCUUUAAGAAGACCGAAAAGUUGACUACAAAACAGGAAAUCCCAUUAUACGAGCUGCUAAAGUUGGAGUAUUGAUGUGGCAGAAACGAAAUUAAAUUGAUUUCAAUAAAUGCAAACAAAUUUAAAUUACAA